CAUCGUAAUUGAAAAGUAUGUGAAGCGGGUAAUCAUCAUUCGUUGGCUGGAUUUUGAAGGGCUCGAAAAAUAAUUUAAAUCAUCUGACUCUCGAAGACGAUUCGAUUUUUAAAUGGGAUCCAGAACAAGUAAAAUACAAGAUAUAGAUAUAGACAGCAUGGACCCACGCUCUCCCAGCGGUUGCAGUAGAACACCCAUACAAGUUCCUCAAAGUAUUCCGCUUGUGGCGACUGACUUGAAAUCAAACUCUGAAAACCCUUUGGAGGUUCUGCGUAAACGAUUCUUUAAAGGUUUUACGUAUAAUAUUAAUGAUCCGAGAUCUCCCAGCCUCAAUUUGAACAGAACUCCAUUGAUUUUUGAAGACUCCCUCGAGAGAACAUUGAAUCUGGAUGACACUUUUGCCAAUUUAUUUGCUAGUAAUAAUGUUCUUAGUGUACUGCCCGCUGGUGACUGUGAUGAUAUCGAAAUGGCAGAGAGCAGUAAAUCAUUGCCGCAACCAGUUCAGAGUGCGAUAACACCUACGUCUCCGACCUGUGAUCAAAAAAUUGAUCCUCGUUCGCCUUCUAUAGGUAUCGAACGUACACCAAUUAUUUUCAAUGAUGACGAUGCAAGCGAGGAAUUCAUUCUCGAAAAUAUUUUAUCAACUUUAACGCUAAACCUGAACGAAAGUAAUAAGAGCAACAGUAUUGUCUCGCUGAGUGCUACAGAAAUUCAAGUUCCUGCUGAUGAAAAGAAAGAAGCUACUCGUAGGCCUACGAAUAGGCCACUAGAUCGUGUUAGACACGGCAAAAAGGCAAAUGCCAAAAGUCUUAGCCGUAGACAAAAACGGGUGUUUUGUCAGAGGAUUUACGAAGACAGUGAAAACCUGUCAUCUACUCCUCAUUUGAAAGCGACCAAUACAAAUGUUGAUUCCCCAAAAGGGAAACGCACGCCGUUGGGUUGCAUCAGAAAUAGCUCUCAAGCACGAUCCCGGUCGGUAGAAACUGCAAUACGUGCGACGAAAACACCUUUACGCCUACAAAGUUUUGAUGAUACUUUGAAUCCUAAAGAGAACACCAAGGUUUCAGGUAUCAACAUUAUAUCACAGGAUUCUGUAGUACUUUAAGUGAACUUUUUAUAAUUAAAUUAGCCCACAACAUUUUUCAGUUUGCGAUGUUAGACCGGCAAGCAUACGUAUUUAAUUUAGCCUUUAAACAUAUUUCUCCAAUACAAACUUUCCUUUUUACUUUAUUAUUUUUUAAUUUCUCGUAUUUCGAUUUUUCAAACGAGAUGUUACCUUUUAUAGUUUUUCUAUCAUAUGCAUAUAUAUUUUAUUACUUGAUUUUAAAAGGAUUAAUUUUAAAUCUGGUAGCAUUGUGUUCUGUAUUUAACCUUACUUUCACUUUUCGAAAACUUUUCACUUUUCCGCUGCCAAAAUUACCUUUCUGUGAUAGCGGCGAAAAACAAUUUUUCGAAUUCACGUUCAAAAAAUCAAAAUAUGUUUUUCUGCAUAUGCUUUGCAGAUUUUAAAAGGAUUCAUUUUAAAACUGGUAGCAUUGUGUUCUGUAUUUAACCUUACUUUCACUUUUCACUUUCCCGCUGCCAAAAUUACCUUUCUGUGAUAGCGGCGAAAAACAAUUUUUCGAAUUCACGUUCGAAAAAUCAAAACAUGUUUUUUCUGCAUAUGCUUUGCAGACUGUAAUGUAAACAAACAUUGCUUUUAACCGUUUUCUCAAAUAACAAAAAGAAAAGUAAGAAAUAAUUAUCGCCAGUUUAAACACCAUUCCUAAAACUAAACAAAAGUCAACAUCCAAAUGUUGUUCUUUCGAGACGAGCCCAAUGAACAUAAAGUGAUGUAAUUGUAAAAAUAUAGCGGAAACAAAUAAUAAACCUACCAACUAUUGGUAAUCAAGUGUUUAUAUGUGUUUACAUAUAUUUUUUCAUCGUAAAUUAAAACAAUUUUGUUUGUAUUCCCUGCAAAAAAAUGGUGAAAAUUUCUCACAUUUUCAGGGGAGAAAAGGGCCGCCGAACAACUCAAAGUGAAAAGUUUUCGUUUCACAAGCUAAAUUAAGUUUCAGAACACACCCGAUAGUAAUCUUUACUAAACUACAUUUUUCAAUAAAAUGUUUCGCUGGGUGGUAAGAAA